AGAGGUAAAAAAAUGGAAACCAGACUGGUAGUAGGGUUUUAGAAAGGGGUCCUGUUCGGUAUUGGAAUAAUCGGAGAAGAGGAGCGAGAAAUCGAAAAUUGGAGAAGAUGGGUCUGCAAUUAAAGAAUAAAGUUGAUUCCUUUUGAAGCAGAAUAGAAGAAUGGAAGUGGCGAAGCAUAGGUGCAGGUGCGUGGUUGAUGCAAUUCAGCAGUUGCCAUCUUCCACCAACAUCACUGAUUCCUGCAGACGAACCCUCCUCAAAUUGGCACGUGCAGAGCUUGCUUUCCUCUCUCGACCCUCUUCCUCUUCCUCUUCUUCUUCACCCCUCAGUGUCAACAUUGGGCACCUUGAAACAGUUGUACAUAUUCUCCAGCAGCCUUUCAUAAGUGGAGUUUCUCGAGUUUGCAAGUCAAUCCCACUCUCAACUUCAGUUAGAAAUGAGGAGACACGUAGUUCUUCUCUUAAAGACAUCCAUGUUGAUGUAGUGUGUACCCUCAACAAAAAGCCAGUUUGGAUUAUAGUUUCUGAUAGAAACCCAAAGUACAUUUCUUGGAAUAGAAGCCAUAGAAGUAAGGGUUUACAACUACGGAUUCAACAAGUCCUUGCUGCUGCCAAAUCUAACUUAACCUUGAGACCUUCCUCAGUUAUUCUUUUCUUUGCCAAUGGACUUGCAAACCAUGUUUACAAGAAACUUCAGGAUGAGUUUGGGGCAUCUGAAAUCCAGUUGGAGUUUUCAGUUUUCAGUUCUGACAUGUUGGAAGAAACAGAUGGUGACUGGGUAAAUAUUAUUGCAAGGUCGUAUAGAGAUGCAUGUGUCCUUGAAAUCAACCCUGCUGAUAGCAAGGAUGUGGUUCCUAAUUCAGGAUUCAAUGUUCAAGGUUCAAGUGUGGAGAAAAGUGGGGACUCUUCUAAACUUGUGCUUUCAGUAGAUAAAGUUGAAACUCGACUGCAGCCUUCAGAAGAUCGUGUCGAAACAAACUUGGGUGAUACAUUCUUUUCCAUUGUUAUGGGAAUGAAACUAAGCUCGUUGGAGAAUAAAAAUUCUGAAUCCACUGAGCCUGCGAAUCUUUUAGGUGAGAGUGAUCUGGUAAAUUUUGAUACAACAGCUUUGAUAGCUCUUGUAUCAGGAAUUAGUAAUGGUGGAACAAAGAAACUUUUGGCCACUCCGGAGGGUGAACUGAGGCAGCGGUUUAAGGGAAACUUUGACUUUGUGGUUGGUCAAAUAAUGUCUGAACUUCAAAACCCAAUCCACAUGGAAUUUGGUAGAAUCCUAUGUGGGAAGAAUGGCAUAAUUUGUGACAGUGUUCUUACUGAAUUUAAGGACUUGGUAUUGAUGUGUGGAGGGCCCAACGAGAAACUGAGAGCUGACAGGUUAAUAAAUUGCCUCAGGGUUGUUCCUGAUACUCCUUCAGAACGCAUGAUGGGCCUCCCAACAACUAGGAAGCUGGCAUUGAAAAACAAGGUUGUCUUUGGCACUGGUGACCAUUGGCAUGCUCCAACUUUAACUGCAAAUAUGGCAUUUGUCAGAGCAGUUUCACAGACAGGGAUGUCCCUUUGUACCAUUGAACAUAGAUCAAGGGCCUUAACUGGUGAUUAGUUACUGAGUUACAUACACUCAUGACAAGUCGUGCAGCAUUCGUUCACCCACAACAAAAUAAGGUAAUAAAAUCCAUUUUUGAUUAAAAGCCUAUUGCAUAAAGAGAUAAGCAAAUCUAAGCAUAGCGAGUUUUGAGUCUGCUUAGUUGAAUGAAGGUGUAAUAUCAAUUUGUGGAAGAUGAUCAUUAUUCCCUGUAUAAUAACUUCAUGUUUCUGAUUAUGUACCAGGAUCAUUGUAC